UUUCCUCGGAAUUUUGUUUCCUCGGAAUUCCGUCGGAAAUUUCCGACGGAAUUCCGAGGAAGUAUGAAUUUCCGAGGAGAUAUUUCCGAGGACUUUUUUCGUCGGUAUGUCGUCGGAAUAGCGUUAUUCCGACGACAUACCGACGAUUUUUUCCCUCAGUAUCCCGAUAUUUUCUUGUAAUGCCUACUCGCUUUCAAACGCGAUACAAUCACCAAAGUAUUGAAACAUUAAUUAUCCUCGAUAGAAACAUAUAGUUGAAAGUUGUGAAUUUCACUUUGUGUAAUAGCAUGUUUCUUCUAGCUCAACUAUGAACAACAUCAACAAUAUAGAAGAAACUGCGAAUUACAAUGAGGAAGAUUAUCUAAUCAAAACUGAUACUCUUUUGGAUGAAGACACUUUCAUGUCUCUUGCAUUUGAAUGGUGAUCCACUGCAUUGGUGAAAAUCGUACAUAGAAAAAUUCAUAUGGCACAAUCGUCAUAUCAGAAUGCAAUUAACAUUGAUGUUAUGAUAAUAUGCUGUGCAUUGUUUCCGGUAACUCAUAAAUACUAAAUUGAGCUAAAAAGAAAUUGAAUUCUAUAUUAUUAUUAUCUAAAAAUAUCAUUCAAAAUUAAUAAGAAACCUAAUAUAUAAUAAAUAUACUAAUAAAUAUUUUGUAACAUAAUUAUAUCUGCAUAUGCGAGUAAAACACCUAGUUAUGAACAAUUCUAUAUUUUUAAAAUAAAAAAUGUUUAAAAAAAUAAUUAUUUUUAAAAAAUAAAAGUGAUACAAAAAUAGUAGAAGGUAAAAAAAAAACUAAAAAUUUGUUUCUUUUAACAACUAUCAUGUAGCACGCACGAAUACAACAUUUGCAGAUAGUAUCCUUUUUUUUUGUCAUCUUGCAGAUAGUAUAUAGUACUGAAAAUUAAUGGCUUGAAAAAAAAUUAGUGAUGAUUCUGAUUUUGUAGUUGUGGGAGGAUACAAAUCAAAUUAUCAAUCAAGGAUACUAAUUACUUGUUACUUAUAUUACCAAUUGGUUUUAAAAUUUAUGGUUGGCUGUGCUACAACUAAAUUGCUUUAUCCUUGUAUAAAAUCUGUAACUUUAAAUUAUUAAAAAAUAUUUUAAUAUAAAUGUUUUGUAUGUAUUAGUAGUAUAUAUUACCAAUAAAUUAUUAAAACUAUUGUUGGCUUGAAUAGAAUAGAGUAAAAAAAUCUAAACGUGUGGCCACCACCGACCUCAAACAAACGUACCGUAUAUAAGAAGCAUAUCAAUCAGAUGUUCGACGUCUAUAUUCUACUUUAGAGAUAAAAGAUGGCGUCUCGAUUUCCCUUCUCCACUCAAACCCUCUCCUAAAACUUACUCUCAUCUUCGCUUACGAUCUUUCUCCAAAUCAGUGUUCUCGACUUCUAGACGAAACCCUAAUUUUCAAUCUUAGGGUUUUGUCUUAAUACGAUGCUGGUGGCUAAUUCCGAGUUCUCUUCAUCUAUUUUACCUCGUUCGCCGUUAAUACCAAACCCCGUCGAAACCAUAGACGAGUCGAUUGGUAAUAAUCAGGUCUCGUUCUCGACGGAGGAGGUCUCAGUUCCGCCUCGAAACUCGGAUGAGCCUCUCUCUACUCCGUUGGACGAAACCCUAAUCGCGCCUUCUCCGUUACGUCUUGAGCACGGCGAGUGCAGUGAUGCUCAAGUCAUGAACAAGCCUAUAAAUCACUCUAAGAGAAACGAUACACACUUGGACAUUUGUUUGUCUAAAUCUCCAGAUAAUCGCCAACAAUGGUCUCCCAAUGUUUCACCUGGAUCCGAUACUGAUGUUGACUCAGGGAACCAACCCUUGUGGAGAUUCAGACAAAAACCUCCAGAGAUCGUGGAAUCCCCUUGUGUUGGUGCUGGACUUUUGAACCUAGGCAACAGCUGUUUCAUUAACUCAGUCUUGCAAUGUUUCACUCACACCGUGCCUCUUAUCGAGAGCCUCUACGCAUACCAAUAUGAAGACCCUUGUAACUGCAACCAGAGGUUCUGUGUGAUAAGGGCUCUUCGAUAUCACAUUGGUGUUGCACUCGAGACCACUUCAGUAUUUUCAAUAUCUCCGGUCUAUUUCUUUAACAAUCUCCGUUGUUUUUCACCUGACUUCCGGCGUUACCAACAAGAAGACGCACAUGAGUUUCUACAUGCGUUUCUGAAUAAGUUGGAGAUAUGUUGUUUGAAUCGAAGAAAUGAUGUUAACUUUGUUCAACAUAUCUUUGGUGGUCGUCUCGUCAGUGAGCUUCGUUGCUGCAACUGCAACUACGUUUCCGAGACAUUUGAAGAUUCUCUUGGGUUGAGUUUGGAAAUUGAAGAUGUUGAUAACCUUCAAAGUGCACUAGAUUCCUUUACUCGUGUAGAAAAACUUGAAGAGCAAAUGAAGUGUGAUAACUGUGAUGAAAAAGUUUCAAAGGAGAAGCGACUCUUGCUACAAAAUUUGCCACAGGUUAUCACAUUUCACUUGAAGAGAUUCAAGAAUAAUGGAUAUUUCAUGCUGAAGAACUGUAACUAUGUCGAGUUUCCGUUGGAGUUAGACUUGCAACCAUAUAUGAGCAAUGACCAAGUUGCUGCAAAAUAUUAUCUUUAUGCUCUUGUGAAGCAUUAUGGAUCAUUAGCUUAUGGUCAUUACUCUUCCUUUGUGAGGUCAGCCCCAAGUAUAUGGCAUAAGUUUAAUGACAAACAGGUCACUAGAGUCGAUGAAGAUUGUGUGUUAUCACAAAAUUCAUAUAUUCUUUUCUAUGCAAGAGAAGGGACUCCAUGGUUUUCAACAGCCAUUGAAGAGUUACAUCCAAUGACCGAAGAAGAUACUAGCUCGGAAUAUCCUUCGCCAAAGUCCGUCUCUGAUCCUAGCAACGAGGAGUGUUCAUCUGAAAUCAGUUCUGAGAAUGUAUCCAAAAAGGGAUGUGGCUCAGCGGGAGUAUCAGACCUAUUACAUGUCGAGACAGAAGAGAGUUGUGGAACCCACUCCGACGAGCCUAAGGAAGAUAAUGAGUUGUCUCAAUCUGAAGAGUCUAGUGAUGAGGAAUCUUCCAUGGAAGUGCUUUUGGACCAGCAUGAUCCUGAUGAUGAUUCCAACAACUCAUGCACUGAGAAAGAAGCAGAUUCUUGUUUUGCCACUGAAAGAGCUACAACUGGUGUUGCCUUUUCUCCUUAUUUGAUAGGCUCGUCACCAAAAAAGCCGGAAGGAAAUUUUCAAAUUCAACUCGAACGAGUGGAAGCUAAAAAGAACUAUGAAGAAGAAGAACCUUACAAGCAACCAUUACUAAUAAGCCUCAUGAAGAAACCUCCACCACGUGAUAGAGAGUUGGGCGAAGCUAUGUCUACAUCUGGUUCUGCACAAAAAAAACUAAAAACAUCAUGAAAUUGUCUAGCAGUCUGGACAUGUAUCUUAUCAGCUUUCUUGAUCGCUUAAUUAGCUAAGAAGCAUCUUCUAGGUGUGAUAAGGGAAAUAUUGGUGGUGACUUUGAUUAGAUUAAAUCAAACUUUAAUACUUUGUGCAUAGUAGCUGAUUUUGGAACUUCCGGUUGAUUUGACUUGUUUUGCUGAUUAAUAAAAACUUUAGAAUCAUUCUGUCAAUGACUUUGUUUUUGUUCUAACUCCGAACUUCAAACGCCUAAUGGCGACAAAUUAAUAAGAUCACUACUAUAGACCAGACCACAGGACAGUAGACAACAAUUUGUUAGUGAGAUGAAAGCCGGUCGGUUUGGUUCCGGUCACUUUCAAACCACUUGAUUAACCAAUAAUUCAAUUGAAAUGAAAUUUACCAAGUUAAAUACACUAAGUAAAGUGUUAAAGCCUGAAGAUUAUUUGGACUAUGAUUAUUUUUUUUUCAAAUUUGAGUAGCAAUAUACUAGUCUCCUUCCGAGUCUACACUUUGUUUCGUUUGUAUUUUGGUUAACAACUGAAAAAGAACUCUACCUAUGCACCCAUAAUAUCCCAAGUUCAAAUCUCUUUCGUACAUAUUUAAUUUUAGUUUCACAAAAAAACAACUGACAAAAAAAAAUACAAUUUUCUCUAGAAACCAAAUAAAGAAAAGGGAUGGAGGAUAAGGAGAAAGCCCACCAGGGUCAGGUCAGAUAUGGUGUGCCGUGUCCAAGCCAAGUGAUUAAUUUUUGACUAAAUCCAUUCUUUUUUCCUUUUUGUUUGUAGAAUUUUUGUCUAAAUGUCAAGAAAACAACUUCUGUUAAUAUGUUUUAAAAUAUUUUAAGCGAUUCCUGUUGAAAUUAACAUGGAAAGGUACAUGCAUAAUGUUAAUUAAUGUAUUAUUAUAUAAUACAUUAAUUGCUUCAUAUUAUAAAUUAUAAUGUAUUAGAUGAUACUCUCUCUCUCUCUGUUGAUGUUUUAAGGUUUUCACACAUUAAAAUUUUAAAAAUAUUUACAUAUGUUUUGUUUAAAUUAUAAAUUUUAUACCAACCAUAUUUGAAUUUAAAAUUAUAAUAAAUUAUUAAAACAAACACAUGAAUUAAAUUGUAAAACAUUAAUCUUUCAAAUACAAAUAAAAAGUUGAAAAAUAAUUCAUUUAUAUCACAGGUCACAUUUUUUUUUUAAGAUUUAUCACAGGUCACAUUGUGUUGGAAUUAUGUGUGUAAUGGGAAAUAUUACUCAGCAAUAGAAAUAGAAAAACAAUAAAUAGGUAAUACUAGGUUAAGACCCGCGCCUUGCGCGGGAUGAACAUUAUAUAUAAAAAUUAUUUUAUGUAUUAAAUAUUUUUACAUAUUAUGAAAUAAUAAAUAUAUAUUGAAUAAUUAAAAGUCAGUAACUAUUAAAUAUAUAAUUAAAUUAGUGUGAACAUAUAAAUCAAUUU